AUGGGAGCUUUCCCUUCACCGCCCCCAUGGGGGUGGUCCACAUGGUUCAUAACUACCCCUCUUACUACGGGGCGUUUACCUAGCCAACACUUAGAUCCGGCUCUACCCAAACUUUUUUGGUUCAGCCCAACAUUACCCACUUGUCCGACUGUUGCUAAGCAGUUUUGGGAUACUAAACGGACCUCCCCAGAUGGUAAUCUUAAAGUGGCCGAUUUACCCUCUUUUGCAAUGAAGGGCAUAUCGGUUGAAGUAGAUUCUUCUUUUCUCUCAAAAAACCCCUUCCCAAACUAUACAAGCUUCUUCCAAAGCAUAUGGCUUUCUAGAUGUAUAUAA